AUGAGAGGCGACCACAAAGAGCCGACGAUCAUUCUAGAGGCUAUCGCAUCACAUGAUAUUUGGAUAUGGCAUGCAUUUUUUGGUUCGGCUGGUGCAAACAAUGACAUCAAUAUGCUAGACCAGUCGCCGGUAUUCAACGAUAUCUACCUUGGAAAGUCGCACGGUGUACCUUAUCAAGCAAAUGGGGUUGCAUAUAAGCGUGGAUACUAUCUUACUGAUAGUAUAUAUCCUGCAUUGUCUGUUUUUGUGAAAUCGUUUACAUGUCCUAAUGACCCGAAAAGGAAAAAGUUUAAAGAGGCGCAAGAGUCGGCUAGGAAGGAUGUGGAGCGAACAUUUGGUGUACUUAAGAGAUGUUGGCAAGUACUAACGGUCGGGGCAAGGUCAUAUGAGGUGAAAAGGUUACAGCACGUAAUGUAUGCAUGUAUCAUAUUGCAUAAUAUGAUUCUUGAAGACGAAGGAAGAGCGAUAUGUCGGUACAACGAAAAUGAAGUUUUGCCAAAUGAUGAAGGAGUAGUCGUUGGUACACAAGAGUAUAGGGUGAAUAGAAGAGAAGUACAUAAUCGCAACAUUCAUCACGCCCUUCGUGUUGAUUUGGUGGAGCACAUUUAUAAGGCUCAUAUUCAGCCCCCGUUAGAGUUUUCUCACGAUGAUUUGUUUGACGAAUCAGACGAGGAUUCUGAUAUGUUCGUUGAGAGUGAAGAUUCCGACGACGAGAGUGACGCUGGGGAGAAUAUGAAGACAAUCAAGGCGAUGACGAGGACGAUGAGGGCGAUAACGAAGACGAUAAUUCCGAGUGACGUAUUUUGGUUUAAAUAA